AACAGCCAAGUCUGACUGUGGAACUCAGUUGCUGCACAGCCACAUCUCCAUCCUAUGACAAGCAUCCGUGCAUUUCGGUCGUUCAAGGGCCAGGGAGAAUUGGCAGCUCCGGGAUGGGAAUAUAUUUGGAACGAAAUAUUGCCUGACGGAAUGUUCCGGUGAAACCAUUUUAAUGGGUGUUUUUAUUAACGAAUCUCAACAGACGGACAUGCAGUGGAACCGAGCGGAUCAUCGCCUAGUCGCGUGAGAGGCCGUGAUUAGCAAUUUCAGGCAAUUAUCUGUCUAAAGGAAAGCUGAUAGGCUAAAUAAUACUAGCCUACUGUAAAAUUAGACAGAUAGGGGCGUGAGAGUCAAUGUUCACAGUGAAUUUCCGAAUGCUUUAAUAUUUUCACAGUAGCCAAAGUGUUGUAAUAUUCCAGUCAGACGUGCAUUGGAAGCGAAUAAUUAGGCCCACUCGAAUUCUCUCUGACAGGCAAAUUAGGACAUUAUAGGCAUUACAGCCAGAUUUAUUAUUAUUAGGAUUUUGUUUAAAAUAUCAAACAAAAAAUAUAAACAUGUCAAAAUGUAAGAGUAGCGAGUCGGUGAAGGUUGUGAUUCGAUGUCGACCGUCUAACCGAAAAGAGGAGACGGGCGGUUCGGGAAGUGGGAUCGUGGAGAUGGAUGUGCGCCUUGGUCAAGUGGUCCUACGGAAUCCACGCGCACCGCUCACUGAACCAAGGAAGACAUUCACAUUCGAUGCGGUGUACGACGCCAGCUCUAAGCAACGAGACCUUUAUGAUGAGGCUGUGAGGCCAUUGAUUGAAUCUGUGCUCGAGGGCUUCAACGGGACCAUUUUUGCAUACGGACAAACGGGCACAGGGAAAACAUACACAAUGCAAGGGGCAUGGCUCGACCCAGAGAAGCGGGGAGUGAUUCCCAAUGCUUUCGAUCACAUAUUCACACAUAUCUCUCGCUCCCAGUCAGACAGACAAUACCUGGUACAGGCUUCCUACCUGGAGAUCUACCUCGAGGAGAUCCGGGAUCUUUUGGAUCCCAACCAUGCCCAUGCCAGAGCCCUGGAGCUCCGGGAGAACCCGGAGAGUGGGGUGUACGUACGUGACCUGACCUCCUGCGUGUGUAAGAGCGUGAAGGAGAUCGAGGAGGUCAUGAACGUGGGGAACCAGGCCCGCUCCGUGGGCGCCACGGAUAUGAACGAUCACUCGUCUCGCUCCCACACCCUGUUCCUGAUCACCGUGGAGUGCAGCCAGCCGGGCCCGGACGGGCGCAAACACAUCAGGGUGGGCCGGCUCAACCUGGUGGACCUGGCGGGCAGCGAGCGUCAGGCCAAGACCGGAGUGCGCGGAGAACGCCUGAAGGAGGCCGCGAAGAUCAACCUGUCCCUCUCGGCGCUGGGGAACGUCAUCUCAGCCCUGGCCGAUGGGCGGAGCGGGCAUGUGCCGUACCGGGACUCCAAACUGACCCGCCUGCUGCAGGACUCGCUCGGCGGUAACGCCAAGACCGUCAUGGUGGCCACGCUAGGCCCGGCCUCGCCGCACUACGAAGAGACACUGACCACCCUGCGCUAUGCUAACCGCGCCAAGAACAUUCAGAACCAGCCGAGGGUGAACGAGGACCCCAAAGAUGCUCUGCUCAGGGAGUUCCAGAGUGAGAUAGCGCGUCUCAGGGCCCAACUCAACCACAGGAAGGGGCGGGACAAACACAGGAAGGAGGAGGGAGAUGGAGAGAGCUGGGACGGAGAGGGGGGAGAGGAGUUGGAUGGAGCGGAGGAGGAGUUGGAAAAGGAGGGGCGGGAGUACGUGAAGCAGCAGGAGCAGCGAUUGGAGCAGGAGAAGGAAGCCAUUCGAGAGGACCACUCCUUAUUGGCCGAGGAGAAGCAGAGGCUUCUGGGAGAGAAGGAGAAGAUGAUGGGAAACCUGAGGAAGGAGCAGGAGGCUACUGAACAGCUUACUGCUAAAUACAAGGCGAUGGAGAGCAAGCUGCUGGUGGGGGGUAAGAACAUCAUGGACCACACCAACGAACAGCAGAAGAUGCUGGAGAUCAGAAGACAGGAGAUUGCAGAGCAGACACGCAGGGAAAGGGAGAUGCAGCAGCAGGUGUUGGUUCGAGAUGAGGAAACUCUGGAGCUGAAGGAAACCUUCUCCUCCCUGCAGCAAGAGGUGGAGGCCAAGACCAAGAAACUCAAGAAGCUCUAUGCCAAGCUGCAGUGUGUGAAGGCAGAGAUUCAGGACGUCAACGACGAGCAUGUGAGGAGCAGACAAGAGCUGGAACAGACCCAGAACGAACUCACGCGAGAACUCAAAUUCAAGUAUCUGAUCAUAGAGAACUUCAUUCCACCUGAAGAGAAGAAUAAGAUCAUGAACAGAUUGACCUUUGACACUGAGGAGGACCAGUGGAAGUUCCAGCCUCUGGUUCCUGCUGAGAGUAAAUUCUCUCAGAUGAAGAAGAGGCGGCCGACCUCUGCAGUGGGGUACAAACGAGCCAUCAGCCAGUUCGCCCGGGUCGCCAUUUCCAUGGGAUCCCAUUCCAGAUACAAGGCUGAAAACAUCAUGUUCCUGGAGCUGGAUGUGACUCCUCCUACGCCCCUGCCCCUGGACCUCCCCCCUGGGGGCCAGCCGGACGACAGUCCCAGCCAGGACUCCCCACAGAGAGAGAGGGCGGCUCGGGUUCGAAAGUCACGGUCCUGGUGCCAGGCUCCACGUACCAUCACUUCCUCAUCCUCCAACGUUUCCCUGUCAACCCACACCACAGCAACCCCCACAGCAGCCCAGUGAAGACCUUCUCUGCAGAUUUCCUGCUUUAAUCUAUUCCAAUGCAAAGACUCAAUUACCCAGACUGCCCCAGGGGACUGACAGACAGCAACCAUCCAUCCUCCAUCCUUGCAUGUCUUAAGUGUGGCAUAGUUAAUCUCCCUCUGCGUGCUUGGAGGUCGUGGAAGAGGACUGGAGUCAACCUUUAACCGCUCACCUUGGAUAGUGUACAGAUUGGACCUGGAGCUGUGUGUGUAUGUGUGUGUGUAUGUUUUAUUGUCUGCGAUGCACAAAGAACUGAGAGACCACAAACAGUCUCAGCAGAAUAUCCAGUCA